AUGGAUAGGAAGUUUGUAUUUUUAGUGUCAACUUUAAGCAAUGUCGUGGCGAGUAUCACGAGUCAAACGCCCGACACUGCGCCAACCAAAGCACUCGUGGAUGCUAAGGCUAGUACUCCACCCGCUGACACUGCGCCAACCAAAGCACUCAUGGAUGCUAAGGCUAGUACUCCACCCGCUGCUGCCCCCACUAGUUCCCAAAUUCCUGCCCCUGCUAAAGCACCAGCCACAGCCCCACUUACUAUUGUUUCAGUUACUCCAGUAAUAGCCACUACUCCCACUCCCCCUAUUGUUAUUGCACCAAUAUCAGCACCACCAGCUAAAACACCACACACAGAAUUGGCGAGUGUCACGGGUCAGACACCUGAUGCUGCACUAGCAAAAGCACCGGUUUACUCCAGUAAUAGCCACUACUCCCACUACCUUGUUGUUACUGCACCAGUAUCAGAACCACCAGCUAAAACACUAGCAAGUUCUCCACCAGCGAGAGUGCUACAUUUCUUGGAAAGGGUGUCUCCGAUGAAUCACAUGGUUGAGUUGGAGGAGCUCAUAGCUAUAAAUCGAGCUAGGCGGCACACUCCAACUUUGCAGAGCUUACCCAAGGGCUCGGUGGAGCCAAGACCCAAACCAACGGCGGAGCCUGCUGCAACGGUUCCUGAAUUUGAUACGGCAGGAUCAUCCUGGCUCAUUGCUGCAGCCGAUAAGAGACAGAGAAAGCCCUUGGCCAAAGGGCAGAAACUAAAGAAAAGGGCGAGCAGCGUUGUUCGGACUCUGCGGGAUGAAUCAGAGUCUGACGUUCUUAUUCGAAGGGUUGGUGAGGGCCCCUUCGUAGACUCUAUUCCAGAGGAGGAAGCCACCAUUCCGCCCUUUCCUACAACUGGGGAAGGACCUUCCAUUCUGGCUCCGCACACAGGUAGGGAAGAAGUUCUUUUUCCAACUCCUCUAAGGUCAAUUGAAUUCAUUGACUUUUCAGGUGAUGCUUUGCCUGAAGAGGCUCCCUUGAAGAGGCCUAGAAGAUCCGGGCCAUCUUUAGAUAUUGAGGCCGAACAAAGAGCAGAGUCGGCCCCCGAUACCGGGGCUACAAUAACUACCAGCCCUCAGCCCGGUGGUGACCAAGCUGCUACAUCUGAGGCAUCUACUUCUACCAAGGCUGCUGGAGCUGUUCCGGCUUCUCCUACUCCUGCACCGAGGUCCGAUAACCUGGACGCCAUAUUUUCGGAUAUUCCUCCUGCAACUGGUGAAACAGCUGGGUUUGGGCAUCUUCCUAUUCCUCGGGCCACGAGGAAAGCCGAGGCUCGAGCCCGGAUUAGUGACGAGCUCAAGAACAAGUUCGAGGAGGCAACCAAGGCCAAUGACGUGCUUCAGGCUGAGCUUGAGUCGGCUAACCAAAUUCAAAGAGUUCUUCUAGAAGAGAGAUCCGAACUAGCGGCUAAAUUGGAAAAAGCCGAGGCCGACUUAGAAGAGUCUCUUAAGGACAUGGAGGCUGCUGAGGCUCGCACUACGAUUUUGGUCGAGUAUGAAUGGUGGAAAUCCCGGAGGGCUACCCUCAAACAGGCCCAAAAAGGAUUAGGGGAUCUCCAGGCUCGGAUACUCGAAGCUAAAGCAAUCGAGGAGGAGGCUAAAAAAGCUCUUGAUGCUGAGUCUGAGGAUUCCGAGUGA